GGAACUCCGACGCUGACGUCAUUUUCGUGCGCCCCUGUUUGGCUCAGUCAGGAAGAGGCCGCCAUGCCGGAGCUGGAAACGGUGCUGGGGAAGCGGGAGCUCCUCUUCGAGGAGGAAGAUUUACAAUAUGAGGAGGAGAUCUUGCGCAAUCCUUUCUCUGUCAAAUGCUGGAUCCGCUAUGUUGAAUUCAAGCAGAAUGCUCCCAAACAUAUACUUAAUCUAAUCUAUGAGAGAGCUCUUAAGGAAUUGCCAGGGAGCUACAAGCUAUGGUAUAAUUAUCUUAAGCAGCGGCGGAAGCAGGUGAAGAGUAGGUGUGUAACAGACCCCAGCUACGAAGAAGUGAACAACUGUCAUGAGCGUGCUCUAGUCUUCAUGCACAAGAUGCCUCGGAUAUGGCUCGAUUACUGCCAGUUUCUCAUGGACCAAUGUCGAAUCACUCGUACACGCAGGACCUUUGACCGGGCACUCCGGGCUCUGCCAAUUACACAGCAUCAUCGUAUUUGGCCACUUUACCUGAAAUUUGUGCGCCUGUAUCCAUUACCUGAAACAGCUGUACGAGUCUAUCGCAGGUACUUGAAGUUGAGUCCAGAAAAUGCUGAGGAAUAUAUUGAGUAUCUGCGCUCCAUUGACCGCCUAGAUGAGGCUGCUGUCCGCCUUGCUGCCAUUGUGAAUGAUGAACGUUUUGUUUCCAAGGAGGGAAAAUCCAAUUAUCAGCUAUGGCAUGAGCUCUGUGACCUCAUCUCACAGAAUCCAGAUAAGGUGAAAUCUCUCAAUGUAGGGGCCAUCAUCCGCGGUGGUUUGACCCGUUUCACUGACCAGCUGGGCAAGCUGUGGUGUUCCUUGGCAGACUACUAUAUCCGCAGUGGGCAUUUUGAGAAGGCUCGUGAUGUGUAUGAAGAAGCUAUUCAGACAGUGAUGACAGUGCGGGAUUUCACUCAAGUUUUCGACAGCUAUGCCCAGUUUGAGGAGAGUAUGAUUGCAGCAAAGAUGGAGACCACAUCAGAGAUGGGGCGUGAGGAGGAAGAUGAUGUUGACCUGGAACUGCGACUGGCACGCUUUGAGCAGCUGAUCACACGCCGGCCUCUGCUUCUCAACAGUGUCCUUCUGCGCCAAAAUCCUCACAAUGUCCAUGAGUGGCACAAGCGAGUAAAGCUGUAUGAAGGAAAGCCUCGAGAGAUAAUCAACACGUACACAGAAGCGGUGCAGACAGUUGACCCAUUUAAAGCCACUGGAAAGACACACACGCUGUGGGUUUCUUUUGCCAAGUUCUAUGAAGUCAAUGGACAGAUAGAAGAUGCCAGAACCAUCUUUGAAAAAGCCACCAAGGUAAACUACAAGCAAGUGGAUGAACUUGCCAGUGUGUGGUGUGAAUAUGGUGAAAUGGAAUUGCGACACGAGAACUACGACCAAGCACUGCGCAUCCUACGGAAAGCCACAGCCAUCCCAGCUAAGAAAGCAGAGUAUUUUGAUUCUUCUGAACCUGUGCAGAACCGUGUUUACAAGUCCCUCAAAGUAUGGUCCAUGUUGGCUGACUUGGAAGAAAGUCUGGGUACUUUCAAGUCCACUAAAGCUGUGUAUGACCGCAUUCUGGAUCUCCGCAUUGCCACCCCCCAAAUCAUCAUCAACUAUGGCCUCUUUCUGGAGGAGCACAACUACUUUGAGGAGAGCUUCAAGGCAUAUGAGAGAGGCAUUUCACUCUUCAAGUGGCCAAAUGUGUAUGACAUAUGGAACACCUACCUAACAAAAUUCAUCGACCGUUAUGGUGGCAAGAAGUUGGAACGUGCUCGGGACCUCUUUGAACAGGCGCUGGAUGGCUGUCCCCAGAAAUACGCUAAAACUAUCUAUCUGUUGUAUGCCAAGCUGGAGGAAGAAUACGGCUUGGCCCGCCAUGCUAUGGCAGUGUAUGAGCGAGCCACUCAGGCUGUGCAGCCUUCAGAGCAGUAUGACAUGUACAACAUCUACAUUAAGAGAGCAGCUGAAAUCUAUGGCGUCACACACACACGUAGCAUCUAUGAGAAGGCAAUUGAGGUGUUGUCAGAUGAACAUGCCCGGGAGAUGUGCUUGCGCUUUGCUGACAUGGAGUGCAAACUGGGUGAAAUAGAUCGGGCUCGGGCCAUCUAUUCUUACUGUUCGCAGAUGUGCGAUCCCCGUACCACUGCCAAUUUCUGGCAGACAUGGAAAGAAUUUGAGAUCCGGCAUGGAAAUGAGGACACUAUCCGGGAGAUGCUGCGCAUCAAACGAAGUGUGCAGGCUACCUACAAUACGCAAGUCAACUUCAUGGCCUCCCAAAUGCUUAAAGUUUACAGCAAUGCCACUGGCACAGUGUCUGACUUGGCACCUGGACAGAGUGGCAUGGAUGACAUGAAACUCUUAGAGCAGCGGGCAGAGCAGCUGGCAGCUGAAGCAGAAAGAGAUCAGCCCCGAACUAAGGAGAAGAUCCUGUUUGUCAGGAGUGAUGCUUCCCGCAGUGAGUUGGCUGAACUCUCCAAACAAGCCAACCCUGAUGAGAUAGACAUUGACUUGGACGAUGAAGAUGAGAGUGAGGACAAUGAGCCUGAUGAGGUACAGCUGGAGCAGCAAAGUGUCCCUUCUGCUGUGUUUGGAGGUCUUAAGGACGACUGAACUGUUUUCAAUGAGAGCAGACUAUAUUCUCUGCAUAAACCUGGCUGUAGUGCAAGCCGCUACUUUCUUGUGAUUUCCUAAGCUACUGCUCUAGUCUGUCCAUAACUUUUAUUUAUAAAAUAAUUU